CUGGUGUAGUGCGCGAUGGUUGCGUACCCUUUUCAGACUAUUCCAUCUCUCUCAGAGUACCUCAUCAUCCACUGCUCACCAACUGCUCACUCGAGUCCCUCCCGCAAACCAGAGGGCUCCAAGUUCUUUGUGAAAUAUCAAGGUUCUUUUUACGAAGUCCCCACAACUUGUGCAGGCCAUGAAUCAGGAUUCCGGUCUCGCCUGGUUCGGCGCUAUCGUUGCCAUCAUUUCUAUCAUCUGCGCCUUGCUCAAGGCGAUUCAGGCGUAUUUGCCGUCGAAGAAGAUGCUUGACCUUGACGCCACCCUCCAGGAGACAGAAGAGCUCCUUCGAAGCGCGGUAGAGGAAGGAUUGCUCACAGACGAGUCCUUUCUGCGUGACACACAUACUCAGCUUUCGGUACUUCGCGAUUCCACUCUCAUUAUUCGCGGCAAAGUGCACUCUGCAAGCACUUCGACUCUGAAUGAGUAUGUCGCCGUAUUCGGCGGCUUGACGAGCAAGGUGUCUAUGAUAUACCGCGACGUCAAGGAACUGCGCGCUACCAUAUCUAGAUCCUCUGCUGAGGCAAAGCUGAAACUUCAGGAGGGACGGAUAGGUGCAACACCGUCUGAUCUGGAGGCCUUGCCUUCAGAAACGGGUGGCAAGGCUCAUGUCGCCGAAGCUCUGGCCAAUCCUCCAUUCUCUGUCAUCGCUGAGGACCUGAACGGAGGGCAUAGACCGCUCACAUCUCUCUCGAAUAGCAUCUCCAGUGUAAGCUCGAGCGAGGAAUCCAAUGCGACUCUGGUAGAUUCAUCAGCCCAAGCUCUAUCUGGGAAGGAAUGUGGUCGAUAUUAUUAUGUCAAGAAGAUUGUCUCCCCUUUUUACCGCAUUCCCCACGCCUCUAGUAGCACUCCUUAACACGUCCCUACUGCUUCAUGUCUGAACAGUUUCCUUCAAAUUGAAACAUUGCUCUCGAACGCCGCUAGUCACUCAGUUAACAUCACCAUAAGUCUACAGGCUGCACAUAUACGUCGGGUGCUUACACCAUAUCUCCGUACUUCUAUUUAUUACCGUAGUACCACUCCAUUGUAUGUGAGUAGGCUCCCCC